GUAGUAUUCGUGCUCAGCCUCGUAGUGGCGCCUGACGUCGCGUUCGCGGGUAGCUACGAUGAGGCGGCGACAGACCAGGCACAGGGCCCCAUCGCCCUCCGGAGGCUCCACCACCAAAUAACGCUGGGUCCACUCGGGCCGGAAAACUAGAGCCUCGUCGACUUCCAUCUUGCUUCUUUUGGGCGUCAUCCACAUUCUGCGGGAGGCCACAAGAGCAGGGCCAACGUUAGAAAGGCCGCAAGGGGAGAGGAGGAGCCUGAGAAGCGCCAAACACCUCCUCCGCUCUGCGCCAGAUCACCUCAGCAGAGGCACACAAGCCCGGUUCCGGCAUCUCUGCUCCUAUUGGCUGGAUAUUUCGUAUUCCCCGAGCUCCUAAAAACGAACCAAUAGGAAGAGCGGACAGUGAUCUCUAACGCGCAAGCGCAUAUCCUUCUAGGUAGCGGGCAAUAGCCGCUUGAGGGAGGGACGAAGAGACCCAGCAACCCACAGAGUUGAGAAAUUUGACUGGCAUUCAAGCUGUCCAAUCAAUAACUGCCGCUGAAGGGUGGGGCUGGAUGGCGUAAGCUACAGCUGAAGGAAGAACGUGAGCACGAGGCACUGAGGUGAUUGGCUGAAGGCACUUCCGUUGAGCAUCUAGUCGUUUCCUUGGCUCUUCUGGCGCCAAAAUGUCGUUCGUGGCAGGGGUUAUUCGGCGGCUGGACGAGACAGUGGUGAACCGCAUUGCGGCGGGGGAAGUUAUCCAGCGGCCAGCUAAUGCUAUCAAAGAGAUGAUUGAGAACUGUUUAGAUGCAAAAUCCACAAGUAUUCAAGUGAUUGUUAAAGAGGGAGGCCUGAAGUUGAUUCAGAUCCAAGACAAUGGCACUGGGAUCAGGAAAGAAGAUCUGGAUAUUGUAUGUGAAAGGUUCACUACUAGUAAACUGCAGUCCUUUGACGAUUUAGCCAGUAUUUCUACCUAUGGCUUUCGAGGUGAGGCUUUGGCCAGCAUAAGCCAUGUGGCUCAUGUUACUAUUACAACGAAAACAGCUGAUGGAAAGUGUGCAUACAGAGCAAGUUACUCAGAUGGAAAACUGAAAGCCCCUCCUAAACCAUGUGCUGGCAAUCAAGGGACCCAGAUCACGGUGGAGGACCUUUUUUACAACAUAGCCACGAGGAGAAAAGCUUUAAAAAAUCCAAGUGAAGAAUAUGGGAAAAUUUUGGAAGUUGUUGGCAGGUAUUCCAUACACAAUGCAGGCAUUAGUUUCUCAGUUAAAAAACAAGGAGAGACAGUAGCUGAUGUUAGGACACUACCCAAUGCCUCAACCGUGGACAAUAUUCGCUCCAUCUUUGGAAAUGCUGUUAGUCGAGAACUGAUAGAAAUUGGAUGUGAGGAUAAAACCCUAGCCUUCAAAAUGAAUGGUUACAUAUCCAAUGCAAACUACUCAGUGAAGAAGUGCAUCUUCUUACUCUUCAUCAACCAUCGUCUGGUAGAAUCAACUUCCUUGAGAAAAGCCAUAGAAACAGUGUAUGCAGCCUAUUUGCCCAAAAACACACACCCAUUCCUGUACCUCAGUUUAGAAAUCAGUCCCCAGAAUGUGGAUGUUAAUGUGCACCCCACAAAGCAUGAAGUUCACUUCCUGCACGAGGAGAGCAUCCUGGAGCGGGUGCAGCAGCACAUCGAGAGCAAGCUCCUGGGCUCCAAUUCCUCCAGGAUGUACUUCACCCAGACUUUGCUACCAGGACUUGCUGGCCCCUCUGGGGAGAUGGUUAAAUCCACAACAAGUCUGACCUCGUCUUCUACUUCUGGAAGUAGUGAUAAGGUCUGUGCCCACCAGAUGGUUCGUACAGAUUCCCGGGAACAGAAGCUUGAUGCAUUUCUGCAGCCUCUGAGCAAACCCCUGUCCAGUCAGCCCCAGGCCAUUGUCACAGAGGAUAAGACAGAUAUUUCUAGUGGCAGGGCUAGGCAGCAAGAUGAGGAGAUGCUUGAACUCCCAGCCCCUGCUGAAGUGGCUGCCAAAAAUCAGAGCUUGGAGGGGGAUACAACAAAGGGGACUUCAGAAAUGUCAGAGAAGAGAGGACCUACUUCCAGCAACCCCAGAAAGAGACAUCGGGAAGAUUCUGAUGUGGAAAUGGUGGAAGAUGAUUCCCGAAAGGAAAUGACUGCAGCUUGUACCCCCCGGAGAAGGAUCAUUAACCUCACUAGUGUUUUAAGUCUCCAGGAAGAAAUUAAUGAGCGGGGACAUGAGGUUCUCCGGGAGAUGUUGCAUAACCACUCCUUCGUGGGCUGUGUGAAUCCUCAGUGGGCCUUGGCACAGCAUCAAACCAAGUUAUACCUUCUCAACACCACCAAGCUUAGUGAAGAACUGUUCUACCAGAUACUCAUUUAUGAUUUUGCCAAUUUUGGUGUUCUCAGGUUAUCGGAGCCAGCACCGCUCUUUGACCUCGCCAUGCUUGCCUUAGAUAGUCCAGAGAGUGGCUGGACAGAGGAAGAUGGUCCCAAAGAAGGACUUGCUGAAUACAUUGUUGAGUUUCUGAAGAAGAAGGCUGAGAUGCUUGCAGACUAUUUCUCUUUGGAAAUUGAUGAGGAAGGGAACCUGAUUGGAUUACCCCUUCUGAUUGACAACUAUGUGCCCCCUUUGGAGGGACUGCCUAUCUUCAUUCUUCGACUAGCCACUGAGGUGAAUUGGGACGAAGAAAAGGAAUGUUUUGAAAGCCUCAGUAAAGAAUGCGCUAUGUUCUACUCCAUCCGGAAGCAGUACAUAUCUGAGGAGUCGACCCUCUCAGGCCAGCAGAGUGAAGGGCCUGGCUCCAUUCCAAACUCCUGGAAGUGGACUGUGGAACACAUUGUCUAUAAAGCCUUGCGCUCACACAUUCUGCCUCCUAAACAUUUCACAGAAGAUGGAAAUAUCCUGCAGCUUGCUAACCUGCCUGAUCUAUACAAAGUCUUUGAGAGGUGUUAAAUAUGGUCAUUUAUGCACUGUGGGAUGUGUUCUUCUUUCUCUGUAUUCCGAUACAAAGUGUUGUAUCAAAGUGUGAUAUACAAAGUGUACCAACAUAAGUGUUGGUAGCACUUAAGACUUACACUUGCCUUCUGAUAGUAUUCCUUUAUACACAGUGGAUUGAUUAUAAAUAAAUAGAUGUGUCUUAACAUAA